AAGCUCUCCUUUGACAAUCCAACACGCUACUCUCCCCUCUUUCCUCGAAGCUUCUUUCGCCCAUCACCAAUCCUGCCUCGCUAUAUAUAUAUAUCACAAUCACCCGCUGUCUUCCAUCUUCAUUUAUAGUUGGUUUAAUUUCCACAUUAAAAAUAAAAAUUCAAUCUUUAGGCGUUUUCUUGAUUUUCCGGCGAGUUCAACAGAGGAAAAGAAAUGGAGAACACGCAGUCGUCUUUCUGGCAGUUCAGCGACGAGCUCCGUCUGCAGGCCAACAGCCUGGCGAAUCUGUCCCUCAACGAUUCCAUUUGGAGUACUAGCUACGGGUCCAAGCGGCCGGAGGAGAGGCGGAACUUCGAGGUCAAUUCAGUCAACGACAACGCCGCCCUCGCCGCGGCGACGGCGACGGCGACCAAUAACCAGGUCAAUAAUUUCAAAUCCAAUUAUAAUCUGUUCAGUAAUGAUGGGUGGAAGGUCUCCGACGAGAUCAGCUCGAUUUCCGGGUCGUCGGCGGCGAAGGGGGUGUUCGGAGUGGGGUUGAACGGCGGGUUUAACAAGGGGAUUUAUCCCACCCCGGCGGCGAUGAACUUCAAUUCCUACAGUAAAGGGAGUAACAAUGUGGCGGUGAAUGGCAAAGGGGUUAACUUUAACAUGAACAAGAAACUUGGGAAGUUCGGAUUUGACGAGGAGCAUGCAUAUGGACAUGGGAAAUCUGGAAAAAAGAACAAAAACGUUAACAAGGAUAACAAUAACAACAAUAAUGGAGACAAAAAUAAUGCAGUGGAUAAGAGGUUCAAGACUCUUCCACCCGCAGAAGCCCUGCCCAGAAACGAGACUGUCGGAGGCUACAUCUUUGUCUGCAACAAUGAUACCAUGCAAGAAAAUCUCAAAAGACAGCUCUUUGGCUUGCCAGCUCGUUAUCGUGACUCAGUCAGGCAAAUCACACCCGGAUUGCCUCUUUUCCUCUAUAACUACUCGACCCACCAGCUUCACGGAGUUUUUGAGGCUGCAAGCUUUGGUGGCACAAACAUUGAUCCCACAGCUUGGGAGGACAAGAAGAACCAAGGCGAAUCACGCUUUCCUGCUCAGGUGCGUGUUGUCACGAGGAAAGUGUGUGAACCUCUCGAGGAGGAUUCUUUCAGGCCGAUCCUUCACCACUACGAUGGUCCUAAAUUCCGCCUUGAGCUAAACAUUCCUGAGACGCUAUCUCUUUUGGACACUUUCACGGAGACUAACGCUUGAACGGGCAUAGCCGUAUCAGAGCAUAAUGCGAAUGACAAUAAACUGGAGAGAAGUGUGAAGGAAGAAGAGAAAAAGAAGAUGUUUAGGAAUAGAAAGACAAAGUGUAGUUGUAAUCUCAUGGAUUGCUCGUAGCAAAUGAGGAUGUUUUUUGUACAUAUUACAUAUACUAUAUGAUGAUGAUGAUGAUGAUACUGUGAAGCUUUUUGCGUGGAGAGCAAAGUUAAUAAGUAAUGGUGUUACUAUAUAUGUGGUUAUGCAAUCUAUGUCACACUAAAUGAAGUGAUAAAUGCUUUGUGUUUCUU